AUGGCUGUGACAGUGAAUGAGUCUGUUAAAAUAAAAACCCCUGUUUUCUCUCAUAUAACAUCAGAGGAUCUUGAGCAUAUCUAUGAACCUUCAGAAGAUACAUUCCUCUUAAUAGAUGCCUUGGAAAAGGAUUUAGAUUUUAUUAAAAAAAUUCAUCCUAUGCUAUGUUUAGAGGUAGGUUCAGGAUCAGGGGUGGUUAUAACAGCCUUGGGAAGUGUUUUAGGUGGUGCUUGCCAGUACUUGAGUACCGACAUAAAUUUUCGUGCCUGUCAAAUCACAGAAGAAACGGGUAAAAUCAAUGGGGUGACCAUUAAAGCUGUUUGCACUGAUUUAGUAGAAAACCUAAUGGAGGAUGUAAAAGGAAAGGUAGAUGUGCUCCUGUUUAAUCCACCGUAUGUAGUUACCCCAUCUGAAGAAGUUGGUAGAGGGGACUUGGAAUACACAUGGGCUGGCGGUGAAAGAGGACGAGAAGUGAUUGACAGAUUCUUACCAACUGUGCACUCACUCUUGUCUUCCAAAGGACUCUUUUAUUUAUUGGUUCUAAAAGAGAAUGAUCCUGUAGAUAUUGAGAACAUCAUGAGACAACAAGGGUUUAUUUGUAGAUAUGUAAUGACGCGCAAGACUGGUCCAGAACACCUUUCUGUGUUGAGAUUUUCUCAAAGUUAAUGUAACUAUCCAGUGUAGAAUAAUAGCUUUGGUAUGUGGACUUCAUUCUUUAAUCUUUCCAAGAUUAUCAAUUGCAGUAUUUUUUAAGAUUGUGAAGAUUAAUAUAUGCAGUACUAUAGAAAUUGAAGAAAUAAAUUGGGGAUAAGUAAAAAUUCUGUAGUAUAUUUAUUCCUUAUCUUCUCAUUUAAUCUUUAGCUGAAUGGUCUGGUUAAACUAUCAGUAUAAUAACCUAUUAUCAUUAAAAAAAAAAAAUUGUAUGUAAAUUGUACACACAAAUAACCUUUUAUCAUUAACAUUAAAAAAAAUUAUGUAAAUUGUAAAUUCACAAUGUGCCAAAAAUAAAAUCUCAUGAAUUAUUAAAAUACCUAUCACCUACUGUUUUUCCUCUUUGCUUUACCUGUUGGAGCAUUAGGGUUUUCUCCCCUAUAAAAUUCUUUCAAAAGUCCUAUAGCCUCUUCUGCUCUGACGCCUUUAAUGAUAUUAAAGGAGUAAUCAUAUAACUGUGGUACAUCAAUGACAGAUCCACAUCCUCCAAAUCUAUCAUUAGAACAGCCAAAAACAACUUUUCUGAUGCAGAGUUUUCCAAGAAUGUCUGCACACAUACCACAGGGUUCAACAGUCACAUACACAUCAAUGUAUUUGAAAAUGUCCCAGUAGUUUACAUUAUUGGACUGGCACCACUCCAGAAUUUGAUCUAUGCAAUUCAUUUCGGCAUGUCUCGUUGCAUUGUGAGUAGCAUUUACAGUAUUUCUCCCCCUAGCUCUAAUUUCACCCUCAUGAAUAAAAACACAACCCACAGGUACCUCCCCUGCUGUCAGAGCCUCUCUAGCUUGGUCAAAAGCUGCCGACAUCCAGUUAUUUUCUUGAUCAGACAAAGCCAUUAUCUUAAAAUUAAUGUUACAAUAACUUAUAAAAAAAAAAAAAAAAAAACAAGUGCUUUCACAUCUCGA